CGACCAACACUUUGGGGACAAAGUGGGGGAACAUUGGUGCUGGGAUGCUGUCAGAGGGCGCUCACAACGAUCUGUUAUGACAAAAAGGAUGACUUGACUUGACUAGUGUUAGUGUUGCGAAUAUCCCUUCUCGAGAUGUCACCGACGAUGGCGGCUGUGCUGUACCUGUAUAUCCUGGUCGUGUACACACGUCUCAUAGCAGGCGUGACCAUCUCGGAUGUCGGAACAGAUUUGGUGUGGUCCGAUGACCAUGGACUUGACAUGAGGGGACACUGUUCAUUCACAUUCUCUGUGGGCUUUUGUGGAGCUUUCAGACUGGAGCUGUAUCCUGAGAAAAGUCUCCCCCUACCCAAAUACGAGAUCUUCAUCGAUCGUGACAGCUCGCAAAAGUAUCGAGUUGGAAUUAAGAAAUACUGUGAUCCUCCGUAUUUUCUACUGUGCACCAAUAACGGCAUGGGCACCAGCGGUCACGAGAUCACACCACUUGUCACAUGUAAUGGUUCCACGUGGACACCGUUCUGGAUAUCUUGGAAUGAGGGAAUGAUCAAUUUGGGUGAGGGGGGACCUAGUCGGAAACGACGGAUUGAAACAUGUCAAUGAUCCAGAGUUCAAGCAUAUCGACUAUGUGAAGAUGGGAGCUGACGAUACAAACACCAGUGCCAAUUAUAUGUUUGAACGUCGCCGUGGCAGACCUGACAACCCAGAUAUGACCUGCCGAGAGAAGGCAACAACAACAACUGCAACAACCACUACUGCAGCUGCUACAAGUCAAACAACUACAACCUUGACUGCGGGAGUUGAUCCCACUACAGUUGCAACAUCCGGUACACAGCUGACCAUCUCGGAUGUCGGAAUAGAUUUGGUGUGGUCCGAUGACCAUGGACUGGACAUGAGGGGACACUGUUCAUUCACAUUCUCUGUGGGCUUUUGUGGAGCUUUCAGACUGGAGCUGUAUCCUGAGAAAAGUCUCCCCCUACCCAAAUACGAGAUCUUCAUCGAUCGUGACAGCUCGCAAAAGUAUCGAGUUGGAAUUAAGAAAUACUGUGAUCCUCCGUAUUUUCUACUGUGCACCAAUAACGGCAUGGGCACCAGCGGUCACGAGAUCACACCACUUGUCACCUGUAAUGGUUCCACGUGGACACCGUUCUGGAUAUCUUGGAAUGAGGGAAGAAUCAAUUUGGGUGAGGGGGACAUUGUCGGAAACGACGGAUUGAAAACGGUCAUUGAUCCAGAGUUCAAGCAUAUCGACUAUGUGAAGAUGGGAGCUGACGAUACAAACACGAGUGCGAAUUUCAGAUUUGAACCACGCAAUGGCAGAGCAGUUGACCCGGAUAUGACCUGUCGUAAUAUCCCGACAACAGCUGCAGCAAACACUACUGCAGCAACUACUACUACAACAGCUGCUGCAACUCAGACAGAUGGUCUCUUAGUUGCUGCUGAAACCACAACUCCAGGAAUUAUUACUGAGACACAUUGCCUAGCAACACAUGUAGUAACUGCAAUUCCGGAUUAGGGUCUAAAUCCAUCUUGUUGAAUUUUGUUCUUUUGUCAGUGCACGUGCUGAGAAAAUGUCAGCAGUAUUAAACGGGUAAACGCCUACGAUGAACAUACUCUUUCUUAUUGCCUCUACAGACCUUUCGAUACGACUCGAUGUGAUGGUAACAACAUUUUUAAAUGACGUUCCAAGUGCCUUUCUGACCAUAUGAUAAUAUGUUGGUCGGUAACGUGUAUCCAGUAGUCUCUGAUGUUCAAUAACGUCUGUAGUGCUGGAAUUCUAUUACACAAGGUGCUCGUUAACAAUGUAAAUUAAUUUUUAUAUCAGCAACCACCACAACAACCACCACCACCACCACCACCACCACCACCACCACAACCACCACAACUACAGCCACGGAGAGGGGUGGUCUGGAAAGACCUGCAACAACAACCACCACAACUACAACCACAGAGAGAGGUGGUCUGGAAAGACCUGCAACAGCCACUACAACCACUACGACUACAACACAACCCACUGAAACAGAUGACAAGAUGACCGUUGAUAAUUGUGAGAACGCACGGCGACCUGAUUCAGAAAAUCUAGGGAUGGUUUUCGAAAAAGCAGCCGACGACACAACACUGUCCGCAAGUAACCCCGACGUCGAGGAGCUCGACUCGGCAACUUCCGGGAGCUGCGCCGAGCUGUGUGCAUCACGUCAGA